GCUUGCUCGGAUUGUAUGCGUGUUUAACAUUUGCUGUUAGUUGUUUGGGCUCCGUUAAACGAAAAGGUUGUCUGUUUUAAUCUAUAAUGAGUGGGAUUUUUUUCCUUAAGUGUGAUUUUUAAGAGAGUUUAUAUAUUUUUAAGAGUGUCUUUUGAAAUUUGAUUCAACUGUACGUUCUGUUAAAUGUGGCUGAGUAAAUUCACUAUACAAUCUCUUAAACUAAAGUCCAUAGAAAAUACUGUUUUAAGAUCUAUUGUAAAAAGUGAUAACUUUAUCAGUAUUCAAAUAAGAAUGAGGUCGACAAUCAAAACAAUGGAAACGCACGAACCCAUACUGAAAAUUCCCCAAGGCUUAAUUAAAGGUCUUAAAAGGAAAACAAUAUAUGAUCAUGAUUUCUAUGGUUUUGAGGGUAUACCUUAUGCUCAACCUCCCUUAGGUGAGUUAAGAUUUAAGGCACCUGUACCGGCCGGCAAUUGGACGGAUGUAAGAGAUUGUCGUGAGAGUGACCUAAAGCCUUUGCAGAAAAAUCAUCUAGGUGUAGCCGAGGGAACGGAGGACUGUUUGUAUUUAAAUGUUUUUGCUAAACAUCUACAGCCCAAAGAAAAGUUACCGGUUAUGGUGUGGAUUUAUGGAGGUGCCUUUAAUACCGGUUCUGGUAUACGCACCAAAUACAGCCCCGAUUAUUUCAUGCAAGAAAAUUUAAUUUUAGUUACUUUUAAUUAUCGUUUAUCUUCCUUGGGUUUUCUUAGCCUGUCAGAUCCUCGCUGUGAAGUACCUGGUAAUGCGGGCUUAAAGGAUCAAGUAAUGGCUCUAAAAUGGGUUAAAGAUAAUAUUUCCUAUUUUGGUGGAGAUGAGCAAAAUAUUACUUUAUUUGGUGAAAGUGCUGGUGGAGCUUCAGUCCACUUUAUGGCCGUGACAGAACAAACAAAGGGUCUCUUCCACAAAGCCAUUUGUAUGUCAGGUUGUAUAUCAAAUCCCUGGGCUUUUAGCGGUAUUUCUACCGACUUACCUUAUCGUUUGGCUUGUGAAAAGGGCUACAGUGGCGCUAAUGAGGAUAAAUUAGUUCUGGAAUAUCUAAGAAAAUUACCAGCGGAGCAAUUGGUUCUAAUCGAUAAAUUAAAUUUAGAAGCUGUUGGCAGAGGAGGUUUCUAUGCUUUUAUACCUAGCUUAGAGCCAUAUGAUAAUGAAGGAUCAGUUAUUAGAAAACCGUUAGAGGACUUAAUAAAAACUGGCUGGGGUAAUGAAAUACCCAUGAUGAUAGGAGGCACAUCGUUUGAGGGUUUAGUAAGAUACUCUCAAAUAAAAAAGAAACCAGUACUGGAGAUAUUUAAUGCCAAACCAGAGCUGUAUUUUCCAGCUGAAGUGCAAAAGAAGCUUACAGAGGAAAAAAGAGAUAUGUUGGUGGCAAAAGUAAAAGAAUUACAUUUCAAAGAUACCAACGAAGUAAUGGGUUUUAUGGAUUAUGAUUCUUUUAUAUCAUUUUGGGAAGGCCUACAUCGUCUCAUAAAGUUCAGACAAUGUUCUUCCAAUGUACCCACCUAUCAGUAUGUCUUCGACUUUGAUUCGCCAACUUUUAAUCAUCAUCGUACCAUGUUUUGUAAUGGCGACAUCAAUACUGGUGUGGCUCAUGCUGAUGAUUUAUCUUAUAUCUUUUAUGCCUACUAUUCAUGGAAAUUGGAAAAGGAUUCGAAGGAAUAUUUAACUAUACAACGUAUGAUUAAAAUGUGGACCAAUUUCGCCAAGAAUUCCAAUCCAAAUUGUGAAUUUACCACGGAAUCACCAUGGCAAACUGUUGAAGCAAGUGAUGCCAAUAAAUGGCUAAGAAUAUCAAAUGAUCUUAAGUUUGAAGACAUGCCAGAAGACUUUAAGAGAAAAUUGGACUUUUGGGUUGGUUUGUAUGAUGAUUGAAAACAUUAAACUAUAGUUGUAAACAAAUUUGUUUUAAUUUUAUAUGCUUAAAAAACGGAUGUUCCUUAAUAAAGAUAAUGUUACUUAA